CGUUAAAAGCUUUUUGAGCAGUUGGGGUCAAUUUCCGCUCGGUGGUGGCCGCCUACAUAAAACAGCCUUCAACUUUUCUUUACCGACAGCCAUCGUCAUGUCCAACAACAACGCCAGCAACAACUUAAUCAUCGCUCAGAGGGCCGUGAAGCAGCUCCGGUUAGAGGCCAGUAUCCGGAGGAUCAAGGUGUCCCAGGCUGCUGCUGAGCUCAGAAACUUCUGUCUGCAAAAUGCCUCCAAAGACCCUCUCCUGGUCGGGGUCCCCUCCAGUGAUAAUCCCUUCAGACCCCCCAAGUCCUGCUCCCUGUUCUGAGAGCAAAAAGAAACCUGGAGGAUUUCUGUAUUUAUCCGUCGAAGGCUGUCUUCACCUCUACUUGAUGUCGCUGUAGAUCUGCCAGCAGCUCCUCUUGGGAUGAUGGGGACAUGGGGCUGAUGGGUUCGGGAGGGGAAUUAGUCCACUUGUUUACCAAAACUAAUGGUAUCAUAACUCCCAUCUGUUACAUUAAAGUUGGGCUGGGCGAUAUGACAAAAAACAAAUAUCACAAUAUUUUUGACCAAAUACCUCUAUCGUUAUUGCAACAAUAUCAUAGGGAUGACUAAUGGUGCUUUCACAACAUAUUUACACAAUGAGAGUUUUGAUAGAUAAUCAUCAAUAAUGUGGAUGUAAUGACUGAGAGGAGCUAAAACAGUCUGGUAAGUUCAGAAAAUGACUUAACUUUUCUGUAAUGCAGCCUUUUUAAAACCAGGAAAAAACGAUGCCUUUGUGUCAUAUCACAAUAUCAUUAUAAAAAUCAAUAUAUUGCCCAGCCCUACAUUAAAGCAGGGCCACACUCUACAUGUUCGAAAAAGAAAAAAAAAGGCAGAAAUUGUUAUUGACACUAACCUGACUAAUGAUUAAGCUGUUCUUGGUUUACCCAGCACUAAAAAUGUCCAGUCUCAAUUUACUAAAAAAAAAAAUUCAGCCCAUGUGAUCAGCUACUAAAUGUGCAACCUCUUGUAUUUUGUGCUACAGGUAGAGAAUCACUCAACAGUAAUUUAAAACCAGUUGCCAUUCAAAAAUAAGAACAUGUGUGAUAUACACACUAUUUCUUAUUGUGUCUUUAUAAAACACUACAGACUUAAGAGUAAGAUUCAAUUGCGUAUGUGGCCUACAGACAUACUGAAAGCUUUUGAGCUAAACCGAUUAGUGUCUUAAACCAUUCAUGUAUUUUUCUGGCAAUGGUAAAGGUGUUCCUACCAUUCUGAGGUACAACAACAUGGUACAGACUUUAACCCUAUGAGUGCAGGGCAUGUGAUUGUAGAAUAACCUUUCAUCCCGUCCAUUUUCUGUAUAUAUUUAACAGCCUGUUGAGGUUGCUUUUAUUAGCCUAUAUGUUACAGUCUUUCAUUUUAGAAAUACAUCAAGGCCUUACGCUAUUUGGAUAGUGAAACCUGGGAGCAGAUUUAAUGUCUAGAUACACAAAUGAAUUGCCAAUAUCCAUAUCGCUGUUCAAAAGUUCCAAAUAUUUGUAUUUAAUGAAUCAUGCUGCAGAUGACUUGUUGUAUUAAUUGUUUUCCACACUGGAAUCAUUUUCCAAUCAACCAAAACUUUUACUACUGUUACCCUGCAUCUUUCUUAACUUUGCUAGUGUGGACAACCUUUUAGAAAAUAAACUUCUUUUUGGGACACUGAGAAA